CGAGUAUAGAGCACUCUAUAUGCUUCCCCCACCCACAGCCUACUUCCACGGGGGAUUAUUUGGGUGUGAACGGCAACUUCUGUUCCAACAGUUGAACAUCUUUGGGUGAAAAUUGCAUCUUCCUCCCCCCGGUUACUCCCUAGUCCUGAGCCAUAUCCUUCUCCACGAAGUCUCUUCCCUCCUCUGCAGUCAAAUCGCGUUCAACGUGAGAUGGACUACGAUUACAGGAGCAGGGCAGGAGCUGGUUACGAUUCUCAGUUGCCCAUGUACGGACGGUCUUCUUCAACCGCUACGCCGCCCUCCCAUUCUCAUCCGAUGUAUGCACCGCCGAGCCAAUCUCAUAAUACGCCGGCUUCCUACCCUAGGUUCGCUCAACAUCUGGUCAACAAUCUUACCGGUCGGAAUCCUUCGGCCUCUUUCCAUCACCCCUCAUCUCUACCUUCGUCCAAUGGAGUUGGCAUUAAAGUUGCCAUAAAGCCGGAGUACCGAAUUACACCUCCGCCACAAUUGUCCUCACAAAUCAGAGAUAUUCCUCGUAGUUCUUUCCAAUUUGAUUUUGAUUUCGAGAAGAAGAUUUUGGCAGAAGCAGAGAAGGAUACCCAAAAUUGGAGUGGGCUUGUUGGGCCAGAAAGUGUUCUGACACAAAUGCCUGAGCAGACUUCUCAGGGUUCUUCUGGAGAUGCUAUUGCAAACAAAUACAUUGCUUCAGGUCUGAACAGAGAUGUUGUCCCUCUCGCCAUUGCAAACUUUGGGGACAAUCCAACCAAGGUCCGCGAAUUUGAGGAUCAUUACAAUCGCCUGAGAGAUAUGGGGUUCUCAUCAAACUCUGUUGGAGAAGCCCUACUCAUGUUUGACAAUGACACAGAGAAGGCUUUGGCCUACCUCCUUAACAGUACUUCUUGAAUUGUAUUACUUGGUUAUGCUUAUUUAUGUAAAUGAAAUUGGUUUGUACAAUCAGAUACCUUUUAAAGACAAGUCUUCUCCCUUCUUACAAAGUUACAAGGAACUGUGGUUACUCAAUGAGUGAAAAAUCCCAAGAGUUUGUAAGUGAAAAAUGUGAACUAAUUAUAAGUUCC